UCACAGUUUUUCUUGCUCAGCAAAAAUAACCGGCGACUAGAAGCUGGCAACUUGCAUUGAUUGUAUGUAUGUAGUGGAUCUGAGCGCUCCAAUACGUGCAUUGCUACGUCAAAUUUUACUUGACAAACAGGGAGGUUUAUUUUGGCCUACAUUGUCGUCAUAGGGAGAUUUGAGCUUUGAUAGCUUGACCUGCUGAAACGUUAUUUUUUGACAAUAAGAGGAGCCCCCACAUUACUCAUUUUCUGCCAGCUGGAUUACAGGAUUGUAUGAUAACUUUUUUAAAUUCAAGAUGCAGGUCCGAACGGUCCUUGAAGUGAAAGUUAUGGAUGUGCAGAAGAAGCGGAAUCCCUCUAAACAUUACGUGUACCUCAUCAGUGUCACAUACUCUGACUCCACCUCUCAUGUCAUCUACAGGAGAUACAGCACUUUUUUUGAUCUCCAGAUGCAGAUCCUGGACAAGUUCCCAGUGGAGGGAGGGCAGAAGGACCCCAAAAAGAGAAUAAUUCCCUUCUUACCAGGUAAACUCUUAUUUCGGCGAAGUCAAGUCAGAGACGUGGCUGUGAAAAGGUUGAAGCAUCUUAAUGACUACUGCAGAGCUGUGAUGAGGCUCCCUAACCAGAUCUCCCAGAGUGAGGAGGUGCUGAGUUUCUUUGAAACCAAGGCUGAGGACAUCAACCCUCCUAAAGAGGACUAUGGGGGAUCCACCAAACACAAAUCAGGUUUGGAUGGUGCCGAUCCUAUGCUACUGGAGCAGUACAUGGUGGUGGCCAACUAUGAGAAGCAGGAGCCGGCGGAAAUCAGCCUGCAGGCCGGCAAACUGGUAGACGUCAUCGAUAAGAGCGAGAGUGGCUGGUGGUUUGUCAGUACAGCGGAGGAGCAGGGCUGGGUCCCUGCCACAUAUCUGAAUACCCACAGCAACACACGAGAUGACCUGGAGCUGGGCGCCUCCAAGUCCAGGGAAGUCACUAAGCACCGUAAGGCCCAUCUGAAGAGGCUGGACCGGAGAUGGACCCUGGGGGGAAUGGUCAGCAGGCAGCAGAGCCGAGAGGAGAAGUAUAUGACGGUGCAGCCAUACACCAGCGAGGGAAAGGAUGAGAUCGCCUUUGAGAAAGGAGUCAUCGUGGAGGUCAUCCAGAAGAACCUGGAGGGUUGGUGGUUCAUCAGGUACCAGGAUAAGGAGGGCUGGGCCCCGGCCUCCUACCUGAAGAAGGUGAUGGAGGACUUCUCUCCCCGUAGUUGUAAUAAGAAGACCCCUUUGACUGGCCCGGUGGAGAUAAUCAGCAACAUCAUGGAGAUCAGCAACCUGCUGAACAAGAAGGCCCUGAGUGAGAAGGACGUGCAGACAGACGGCCAGCCAGAGGACAAACCCCUAACCACCCCCUCCCUGGUCAAGAGGCAGAUCAGCCUGCCCAUACCGUGCUCUAGCUCGGACUUCAGCCCUGGUGGCGCACUGGUGGAUGUUAAGGGCAAAGUAGAACCAGCCUCUCCAUCCAUAGCCCGCAUCGCUCCUCACAGAAUAGAGAUCGGCUCCCCAAUCCUCAGACAAAAGCCACCUCCUCGCAGAGAUGCAACUCUGGGAUUCAAUUUACCCUCGCCACCAGAGCCCCCUACUGUUGAAGCAGAGUACUACACCAUUGCAGAGUUCCAGUCCGUCAUUUCAGAUGGCAUCAGUUUUAAUGGAGGGCAGAAAGCAGAUGUGAUCGAGAAGAACUCUGGUGGCUGGUGGUAUAUCCAGAUUGGUGAGAAAGAGGGCUGGGCUCCCUGCUCCUACAUCGACAAACGAAAGAAGCCCAACCUAAACCGCAGAACCAGCACUCUGAGCCGGCCCAAAGUCCCACCCCCAGCCCCACCCGUCAAGAAGCAGGACUCUGAGGAGACUGUCCCUACCAGCAUUCCUGGUUCCGAGGCUCCAGAGUCCCCUGCAUCUCCCGGAAGGCCUGUGUACGAGGAGCCAGAAUAUGAUAUUCCUGCCAUUGGGUUUGAUCUGGAGUCAGAGUUUGAGUUCCUCAGGACAGAUGAGUCCUCAGCGGAUGGGAAGAACGAGGAUAGCUCCUCAGAGAAGGGCUCUCACCUUUCCUCCAAGCCAUCUCCGUCCUCUUCUCUCCAUAGCGCCUCCUUCAAGAUGGGCGAGUCGUCCGAGGACGUGGGGCAGGAAGAGGAGGAGCCUGAGGGAGAGGAGUGUAUCUAUGAGAAUGACUGCUUCAUGCCUUUCAGAGAGAUGCCUUAUACACAAUCCAGUGGCGACUCAGACUUCCUGAAGAUUAGUGCCCCGUUGGAGACUAGCAAAGCUGAAAACUCUCACUCCAUGUUUGGGGCAAGGAGAAAAGGGAAGACUAUCCAGCUGAACGGCAGCCAGUCCCUGUCUCAAACCAAGGCAGAGGCCGGGGCAUCCAGCUCCAAACCUGCCUCUACAGAGUCCAACCCAGAUCUCUCCAAGCAGUCCAGGCCCAAGAAGGACAAAGAGGAGCACAAGAUGGGCUCCACCAAGUCCUCCACCAAACCUAAGCCAUUGGUCAGGCCUAAGCCCCAGCUGGCCAAGGCCUCCAGUGCAGAGAAAAUGGACAUCGGCAGCCUCCGGAGACAACUUAGGCCUAUAGGCCAGCUGAAGAAGGGCUCCAGAGGAGAAGACUUUGAAACAGCCUCUGUCAUCUCCUCUGAGGACUCUGUGUCCUCCCACAGCACCUCCGACAUCUCCUCCAUCUAUUCUAAAGGCAGCCGGGGAGACUCAGACGAGGGCUGCAGUCUCUACCGCACCACAGAGGCCUAUGAGAAGGUCCAGGACUCAGAGAUGAGCUUCCCUCCCGGGGUGGAAGUGGAGGUGCUGGAGAAGCAGGAGAGCGGCUGGUGGUACGUCCGCAUGGGCGACAUUGAGGGCUGGGCUCCAACCUUCUACCUGGAGCCUGUCAGGCAGCUAGACGACAAAGCUGGGUCAGAGUCCGAUGGCACCCCUACCAAACUGGGCAGCCUGAGCAAGUCCAACAGCCUGGAGAAGAAUGAGCAGAGAGUCCAGGCCUUGAACAACAUCAACCAGAGCCUAAAGAGGAGCAUACCACCCAUCCCCUCCAAGCCCUUUGGCUUGUUCAAUGGCUCUCAGAAGAACAUUUUGAAACAGCAGCAGGUGGUCAGGCCUCAGUCGGUCUUCAUCUCCAAGCCAAUCAUCGACGGGCCAAACCCAGUAGGCUCCCUUAGGAGGGGUGAGUCACUCAAUUCCACUGACCACCCACGCUCUAGUCCCACCUUGCGCCGCAACGCUUCCUUUGGUACUACCCCGCGGUGCCCAGUGCCGAAUGGUAACAUGGCAAACCGGAACAGACCCGGCACGGGAAGCUCCGAAUCACUGGGCCGGGGGACUCAGAGGAACGGUCUACCUAUUUCCACGGUGAAACCCAAAACCCACCUCAUCCACAACAACCUCCGUGAGGUGUAUGUCUCCAUAGCGGAUUACCAUGGUGAUGAGGAGACCAUGGGGUUCCCCGAAGGAACGACUCUGGAGGUUCUGGAGAGGAACCCUAAUGGGUGGUGGUACUGCCAGAUCCUGGACGGAGGUCGACCUCGAAAAGGCUGGGUCCCCUCAAAUUACCUGGAAAGGAAGAGCUAGUGACACACUAAUAUUCAGUGCAUGUGCAAUCAGGUCAGAGACCAUGGAAGACAGUGGAAAUGGACAUGGAAAGACACUGUUUUUUUACAGUGUAAAAAUGGAAAUCAGAAGAGACCAUUUAUAGUAUCAUUGAAGUGGUAUACUUUGUGUUUUCUAAACUGAGGGUGGCCAACCAAUCCUGCAUAUAAUUAAUUACUUGACAUUUUAUUAUUAUAAUCUGAAGUGACAAAGAAAAUCCUUCAAAGUAUACUUUUUUGACAGGAUUUUAUCUAUUCACAGACAGCCGGGGGUUGGAACAAAUACCUUUGGCAUUAAAAUCAGCAAAAGAUCAAUCAAAUAUUUAACAAAAUAAUUAAACAAUGUGGUUGAUUUGAUGAAAUGUGCUUUUUAAUCCAAAAUGGAAGAAUAAUGGGAUUUGGACACCAUUGGAAGAGCUUUGGACAGCUUUGGCUGAUCAUGGUGAGAUUUUGUGAUAUGAUAACAUUACUUAAUGAUCUCCAAUGGGCUACAAAUUAUUCACUUCUAAUGAUAUUUGAUCAUAUAAUGUUUUUUUAAUGAUUUCUUCUUUAAAGGUCCAACGCAGCCGUUUUUAUAUCAAUAUCAAAUCAUUUCUGGGUAAAAAUAAGUAGCUUACUGUGAUUGUUUUCAAUUAAAAUAGUCAAAAAUAAACAAAAGUAGCUUGUUAGCAAAUAGCAAUUGGUUUAUUAACUCAUUUACUCAAAUAGCUUUUACUCUAAAAGGGCAUUAUCAUAUUAUUUUACAAUUUCACAGUAUUAUUCCAACAUCAUAGUGUGUAAAUAUAUAUACAGUGCAUUUGCAAAGUAUUCAGACCCCUUCCCCUUUUCCACAUUUUGUUACGUUACAGCCUUAUUCUAAAAUGGAGGAAAUCCUCAGCAAUCUACACACAAUAACACAUUACGACAAAGCAAAAACAGGUUUUUAAAACCUUAUUUACAUAAGAAUUCAGACACUAUGCUAUGAUAAUCGAAAUUAAGCUCACCUGCAUCCUGUUUCCAUUGAUCAACCUUGAGAUGUUUCUACAACUUGAUUGGAGUUCCUUGAUUGGAGAAACUUCCAGAAGGACAACCAUCUCUGCAGCACUCUACCAAUCAGGCCUUUAUGGUAGAGUGGCCAGACGGAAGCCACUUCUCAGUAAAAUGCAGAUGACAGCCCGCUUGAAAUUUGACAAAAUGCACCUUAAUGUCUCUCAGACCAUGAGAAACAAGAUUCUCUGGUCUGAUGAAACCAAGAUUGAACUCUUUGGCCUGAAUGCCAAGCGAAGCGUCACGUCUGUAGGAAACCUGGGACCAUCCCUACGGUGAAGCAUGGGGGUGGAAGCAGCAUGCUGUGAGGUUGAUUUUCAGUGGCAGGGACUGGGGGACUAGUCAGGAUUGAGGGAAAGAUGAACAGAGCAAAGUACAGAGAGAUCCUUGAUAAAAUCCUGCUCCAGCGCGCGACCCUAAGUACACAGCCAAGACAACGCAGGAGUGGCUUUGGGACAAGUCUCUGAAUGUCCUUGAGUGGUCCUGAAAAUAGUUGUGCAGCAACACUCCCCUUCCAACCUGACAGAGUUUAAGAGGAUCUGCAGGGAAGAAUGGAACAAACUCCCCAAAUACAGGUGUGCCAAGCUUGUAGCUUCAUACGCAAGAAGACUCAAGGCUGUAAUCCCUGCCAAAAGUUUUUCAACAAAGUACUGACUAAAGGGUCUGAAUACUUAUGGAAAUGUAAUAUUUCAGUUUUUUAUUUUUAAUACAUUUGCAAAAAUAUCUUAAAACCUUUUGUUGCUUUGUCACUAUGGGGUAUAAUUUGUAGAUUGACAAGGAUUAUUAUUUUUUUAAUAAGGCUAUAAUGCAACAAAAUGUUGAAAAAGUCAAGGGGUCUGAAUAGUUUCCGAAUGCAUUGUAUAUAUAACACAGAAAAAUGUAGUUUUUGCCUGCACUGGACCUUUAAAGCUUUUUGCAUGUUUAAAAUGUUUUGUUUAAGUAAACAUUUAUCUUGAAAUGUUUUGUAUGUUGUAUUUAAAAGGUCUGUUGCUACACCUUCUCAUAUGUUAAAUGUCAUCUGCAGAAUGUCUUGUGCAUGUUUUUAAGUCCCUUUGUUAUGAAGCUUAAUGUAUAUUUCAUGUAAUAUUGUUUCAUAUGGCUAAUGUGUGUAUGGCAUAUUGUUGUCGAGCUUUGUGAAUGUGUUCUAUCAGUUCAUUACAGCAUGUAAGUCAUUUGAAACCUCUUAAAAGCUACAGUCUGAGAUUUGAAAAACAAAAAUAAACAGCUGAGGGAUAGGGCUAGGACAAUUUUGGUUUAUGACAAAGACAGACAGUUGUGCUGAAGGAAUUUAUAAGAAUUUUCUUCCAGAAUCAAUGGGUAAAUAUGAAGAAUUGAAAUAAACAUUAAACAGCUUCCCAAGUUGCUGACUGUAGCUUUAAUGUAAUUCUUUAUCAAUGUUUCAUGAUUUUCUUGAUGACACUCUACCUAAUGUCUUAUACGUACAGUAUGUAUCAUUCGCCACCUUAGAAGUGCAUUUCUGCUCUGGUCUUGUGACAAAAUAAGUCAGCCUACUGUAUAUUAGAAGGAGUGGUAAAUCAGCAAUUGUUUUUCGCUCUUCAGAAUCAUCUAUUAAACCGUAAAUUUGAAUUAACUACCUUUUAAGGUGUUUGCUAGGUUGUAAAAUUAAAAAAAUAAAAAUAAAUGACGAGCUGCUUAUGCACCUCCAUUAUUCCAUUUAAUUUACCAGAGCAAGGAAUAUUUGACUUGAAUAUUGGAAUUGAGGCUUUGCAUUGGCUUUCAAAACCAAAUCCCAGCGAUGUGUUGAAUAGCAAUUCUAAAUUGUGAUCUUAUCUGAGAGGGAACAAAUCAAUUACAUUUAAAAUCCUGUAUUUAUACCACAAGGAGCUUGCAGGCAGCAGUGCAAAUGCAUAAAACAAUGACCCACCUGGUGCUACUCAUAACUCAUAUGGGGAAAGUAUUGAUACUCUUGCCCCUUUGAAAAGGAGGCACAUACAGUAUUUAAAAAGGUGUACUCUUAAUAAUGCUGUGUAGUAUAAAUGUUUAUGUUUGAACAUAUAUUCUAGCUACAUAACAUUUAAAUAAAGUAUUUCAAGUAAUUCAUUCCCUAUUUUGAACUAACAUCUAGUUACAUUGAGUUAAUCUUACCCUGUUUUACAUAAAAUGGAAUAGAGCUGAUUUAUCUAUGGAUAGGUCACAUUACAUACUUUCUUGCCCAAGCACAAAAUUCUCAAUUUAUUUUAAUGAAGCUGGCCCUCUUAUGGCUGAUGUUCAAGACUGCUGAAAGAUGGUUCCAAUGAAUGAUCCUAUUCUGCCAGUUUUAUUUUACAUACCAAGUGUCCUUUGUCAUUGUCUGCUGGACAGUAUGGAAUCUAACUUUAGUUGUAGAGCUUGCUACAUUACAGAAAUGUUAUUUAUAUUAUUCAGCAGAGAGAACGUUCAUUUUAUGAUUACAUGUGAACAAUAAUAAUGAAUUCAUUGUGAAUAAAUGCACUUUCUGCAUUACCUCAGUGUG